UUUUUUGACUGGAGACACUUUGGCAGGAGUGUAUGAACCGUUGGACAGUUUAGCAUGAGUAACGGUAGAAGGACCUAAUUAAAGCCGCGGUGAGACAUAUUAAUAGUCCAGGUCAGUUUGUAAUCCGGUGGAAGUAGCCGUUGGAGGACAGAAGCGGGUGUAGGCUGACCGGGCGGGUCUCUUCUCAGUUGCAGAAGGAAGGUGCAUAACUUCCCCCCUCCGCGCUCAAAGGUGGGUCAAACCGAACUCCCCUCUCGUUUGACGGCCACAGUGACGCUGAGCAGCCAACCCGGAAACUGCAGCAGCAGCAAAUCGCUUUUCUUCUCCUUUCAGCCCGUACCGCUGGCUCCUAGCGUGGUAUCCAGACGUCGACUCCACUGUUUCUCCACGAGCAUCAAGGUAAAAGAGAGAAAAUCUCCACUUUUGUCGCUUUUUAGUGUUUUCUCAAACUAACCGCCUUAACUUGCCCACCGGUUGCCAGUCAGUGUGACACGCUUGAGUGUUAAAUCUUGUUUCUAUGGGGCAAAUUAAUGAUGAAUCAUGAACGUGUGGGGUGGAUUCAAACCCACCUAUCGUGAAGUUUCUGUAAAAUACAUACAUCGAUAAGUAUUCGUGUUUUACAGCUUGAAACCUUGACGUUACCGUUAACUUCCCCUUUAUGGAGCAACGGUAGGUUUCUUAAGGUAGACGCUGGGCUCCUGCUAAAGCGAGAUUUCCUCCUUUAUUUGACCACAGGCAUUAAAUGUUACACGCCUGACCCAUAUAUGUUUAAUGCCAAGUUUUCAGGUGUGUUCAGCCUCGGAUAAACUAGAUACCCAGGUGAUCCAUGUAGUUUUAAACUAACCGUAUGUCUGGGAUUAGGAGUGCUGGUUUGAAGGCAGUAAAUGAUGCAUCAUUAAAGCUGCAUUAAAGGAAAUGCACACACCGGCAGCUGGAGCAUGCUUAGAGCUGAUCCUCGGUGCUUUUUCAUUCAAAACAAAGCACAAAGAGAGAUUUCCACACAAGUUUAUUGAAAAUGAGGUUUUAGUUCUUGUGAGGAAAUCAUUUAGAGAAUUUCCUCUGGUGAAAGUUGUAAUCCAUUUGUUCAAAAAUACUCCUGAAAUAGUUUCUGUUAAUUUGAUUCUGAUUAUGACUCAAUCUGGUUAUACUGGUAUGAUCCCAGCGAGAUUGAUGUUGAGGUUUGUCAAUAUGUAUACGCAUACUUGCUUUGAAUGAAAGUCUAUAUUUGAGUGUAUCAGACUUUAUGUACAGGGGCGUGUCCAGACUUUUUGAUGGGGUGAUCUAAUGGAGCACUGACUCGCACAGGGGUGGAAAAAAGUAGGCAUGCGCAUUCACACAUUGUAAACCAGUACUUAUUUUCCCUUUCUGCCACAUCACAUCUGCUUUUACUGUAAACAUAAUAUCACACUGAUGUAAAAAUCUGUAAAAGAAAAGAAAGUACUUUUAUAGAGUGCUACAAGAGGAUCAACAUUUAAGGACCUGUGUCUACCAGCAGAGUUUUUAAGUUUUGGCAGCACCUUUAUUAAAUAUAAAAUCAACACAGUAAUGUGGUCUCAACAUUCUCAGUUAUUUUUCAGCACAUUUAAAAUGCAAAAACACCCCCAAAGUUGGUUUUAUUUUCCUUUUCUUCACUUCCACAUCUGAAAAUAUUUUAGCUUUUGUAUCACUGCUAUGCUAAUCAAGGGCCCAUGUCCAUUAUCAACCUACCAAAGUCAAGAAGAGUCGCAAAUUCUGAUAUCAACAUGUCAACAAAUGGAAGCAAAGGUCCAUAAAGAGGCACCUACUCUUGACUUUUUGAUGGUACAAUUUCCAGUUAUACAUCUGUUGCUAAUCCAAAGCACUAUCUCUGUCAAUUCUUCCUAUGCUGUCCUAACAAAAUUCUAUCAAAUAGAAGAGAAGAUGAGGCAUGCAGAGAAUUUAGAUAUAUAUACUAAGUGGUUAUGAUUGGGGCUGCUGGAAGUGCAACAAACAAACAAAUAUUGUAACUUAGCAACAGCAAAGGUCUAUGUGCACUAAAAUAUUGUGGGCUGCCAGAGCAAAAACUGACAUCAGUGGACAAAGGCCCUAAAUAUGCCAAACUUAACUCUUUAAACACUCAAAACAAAUGCCACCCCUCUGGACAUUCCUCCUAUAUGAAUACUCUUAUCAAGCUUACUGUUAUGAAUAUACUUUAUCAAUCUGCAAAUUAUGUAUUGUAGUGUAUGACAUUGGAAUACUCAAAAUUUUACUCAAUUAAAGGUGCAUACCACAGUUACAUUUCAUCUCAGGCCCCUCAUCAUUUAAGAACAUCUUAGUGCAUGGGAUUUUUAAGGUUCCCUUUUCAUUUGCUGUCUGCAUAACACGGCUAUCGCAUGUCUGUGUGAUUUCCUCUCUGCCCAGUUUUCUGCGCAGGUCUGAGUGAAAGUGGAAGUGAAACAACCAGAAAGCCGGAUUUGAUGGUGAAUGCGUCUCUCUUGUGGUUGUGACACAACGUUUACUUUAAAUUAAGUCUCACACCACCUGCUUGUGCAGAUUUGGCAGAUUUGACCACACUAGGUUUAUUUGGGUAUUUAAGGUGUAAAUUAAGUCUCUGUUAGUAUUUUUCUUUUGGACAAUGGAAAAAGGGAGAUUUUAUCACUUGUCAGCCAGAGUUGAUAUACUUGGAUCCUCACCUCUCUUCUUGAAGGCGGGCUACACUUCUUUGUCCCAUCAAACCUGGAUUAACUGCACCCCAAGCAAAAUAGUCCCAGUCCUUUAUAGCAAACCCAGGUCUGCAGUGUGGAAUAACACGCCUGCAGGUUACUUGACUUGACCUCUUUUGCAAUUUGUCUUCCUCAUAUCUGCCUCUGUGCAUUCUGAAAGAAGGAAGUAUCACCUUUCACUCUAUGUAAAGACAUCUCCUUUGAUAGAUGGGCCCUCAUGUUUGCUCCUUAAUGUGUGCUGCUGCAGUGUAGAGGUGCAGGAGUAUAGGCUGGGAAACUGAUGACAAAUCUCUGACUUGUGCCAUGGUUGUACGACUUUGAGACGUGGUACAACUUGCCAUGCCAUGCCUCACGCUCUGGUGUGGACAGAUGGAAUAAAACAGUCGACUGAAUGACUUUUAGAAGGAUUUCUCUGGAAGUCUAGUGCGAGUUCUGAUUCAGUUUGUACAAAAGUUGCACAGUUACAAAGGUGGGAUGAAAAAGAAAAAAUCUGCGGGUUUGGAAAGUAACCUCUCAGAGUUUUUCUCAUGCCUCUGGCUUGUAAAACUACAGUGAAUUGAGAAUGCGGUUCAUUUGGCAGAGUGCGUUUUCUCGUAAAUUCAUUUCCACUGCAGGUAGAGGCAUGCAGGUGCAUUUUGGCAUGGCCUGUCUUUGAAAAUAAACAUGCAUUUGACACCUGAGUAACAUUUUCACACAAAGCAAACAUAAAAAGGAAGAUGUUUUUCAUUUUUUCCUCCAGCUUCUGCAUAUGACUUUUUUUUGGUCAUAGUCAAGUCAUAAUGUAAUCUUAGAAUGACACAGAUUCAGUAUCUUUCUAUAAGGGGUUCUGAAAUAAGAUUGAAUUUCAUGUCUGACAUCAUUGCAUUAUGCUUCUUAAACAACAGGCACAGAGAUUAUAAGAAUGUGAUUAAGAAGAGACUUUUUUUUUUCAUUUCCAAGAUGAUGAAUUCAAAGCUUCAGUCACCAGUCCCUCAUGUUGACUGAUUUGAGGCCACUGAACCCGGUAACCCUGAAAAAGCCCAUAUGAGAGGGUUCUUCACAUACUUUCCCCAGCAAAUGUGCUGCUUGGGUUGGACAGCUGUAGAAACUGCAGCCCGGUGAUAGACGAGUGUAGAGUGAGUGUAGUGGUUGUUAUUUUAAUUAUUCAUCGUUUUUCCAGGAGUCCUUCGAGGACCUUUAGGGCUGAGCUACAUCGACUUUUCUCAUGUCACCGGCUGACAAAUGGAGCCACAUUUGACAUUAAAAUGAUGGAUUUUGGUUACUUUUCCAAGCCUUUUUUUUUCACUACUUUAUUUGUGUAAAUAGUUACUUAGUUGUGUGAAAAAGUAGUGAUGAAAAAUGACUUCUUUUUAGGCUGUAACCUUGAUUGGAAAGUUUCUUUUGAAUAAAUUGUUGAGUCAUCCGGUAUGUCACAAAGUCACCAUGGAGUCCAGACGCCUCAGUGCAACCCACUCCCUUAAACACACCCAGUGUCAGCGAACGGCUGGCCUCAGGUUGGGUUACUGCAGUUAUUCUCGGUAUGAGGGAUCACCAAAGCAAUCCAGUCAUACCGAUCAUCCUGUGCGCCAUUUUUUAACAUGAUCGGUUAAAGCAGCAUUGUGUUGGGUUUUCAUGACAAUGACAGAUCACUGUGCUGCUACAAAGACUUUCAUAUACCGGCUGCUUGUUACCCUCUUCUUAAAACUGAGAAUAGUUUUAGUCAGAUGCAUGGUUGACCCAUUUAAGCUUCCUAAGCAUUGCUUUAAAUUUUUGUCACCCUAUAUCUUGCACGUUGGUUGUUUUUGUGGUUUCUAGCGAGUGGGUGGACUCAAUUACUCUUGUGGGUUCUUGUGGUAUGAAAUACACUCCAUAGAAGCUUGAGAGAAUGGCGACCAACAUCAUGCCAACAAUCCAACAUCUUUACUACUGUUUACAGAGCUGUUUGCAUUUUAACCUACUUUUAAAUUUGAUCAGAACAACUGAGGAGGAGAAAGAAAGCUCCUGUCUUAGGGCUGCACGAUAAAAAAAAAAAAACAUUGCAAUGUUUUUAAACCCUGCGAUAUAAAUUGCGAUAUUAAAAAAUGCAGGAAUUUUCACCAGAUGACCUGGAUUGAACUUUAUGUUGAAAUCCUGAUGACAGUUAACCUGCACUGAUCUUACCUCUUUUUGUGAAUGUUAGUAGAAUGGCUUCUGUCUUUCUUAGAGAUCUUUUUAGCUUUUAUUGUGCUGGGACGUUAUUGUGGCGACAGAUGAACACAGAACAUGUUUUGGUCGACAUCAUCCUUCUUGUAACUGAAAUAAUUCCAGAUAACUGACGUUGCUUUUCUGUUUAGCUACAAGUCUUCGUUUUUGUUGGUUUUCUCUUGUUUGUUGCUCAUUUUGCAAUCGUUGUUGUUGUUACCGCAGAGAAUUGCAUGCACCUCACGGAAAUGCGCACCGCUUAUAGUAGAGCGGACCAUGAAAAUGUACAAUUUAAAACCUGUUCAAUUCUUAUUUGUUGGGCUAAACAGUGGUGAGUAAUGUUCCCAAAGUAAUUCUCGGCUGGCAUCCGUUUCUCGGCACAGCACCGGCAGCGCAAGCAACACACUCCAUGUGCAGGGGCGUGGUUUCCUCCUCUCUGAUUUUGAUUGACAGCUGGCAGGGCAGUCUGAUUGGCAACUGAGUAAAGAACGAAUGUGAUUUGUGGAUCGCUGCACAGCACAUGCAAAGUAUCUCAGUCAGCUACACUUGAAAAUAGAUGAGUUAAUUCGCGUCCGACAUAGCAGGCUCUGCAGUGUGACUAUCUUGUACACGUUUAUCGCCAUGACGAUGCUCAAACGAUAUAUCGUAAAAUAUGGCCCUCCUGAUGAAAACAAAAAGCUUUAUUUUCUAUAACUACAUUUGUGCCAAAUAAGCUGAGAGUGGCUAAUAGCUAGCUUUUGGAGUCAGAAAACAUCAGAAAAUCUCAGACUUUGGUGUUGUGUUUAUCGUGAAGAUUGUAAGAUAUUUAGCUGUUAAAUAAUUUCCAAGCUGUCAUAAGGUUGGACCAAUGAGCUGAUGGUUAAAACACAUCACUUUUGAAGAUAUUCAACACAUUGUCCUUGUUGUAUUUUUAGGAGUUUUCGAACACACCAAGUCCAGAAUCAACUUCAGCACUUGUAGCAGUUAGUAGGCACUUGAAUGCAGUAAUAUUGAUAUUUUUUAUUUAUGUAUUAUUCAUACUGCAGGCAGCAGGCCAGGUCAGGUGCUGCAGAGCAGAGCCGUAUUGAUCCCUCUCUAUAGCUUACUGCUGUUUGUUCAGAUAUUUGGAUUAACUUCCUCGGAGCGUUUCAGCGCGCUCAGCAUUCCCCUCUAACUCCAUUAUCAUGACACGGCUUAAUCCUGCCGAGUCGGGGACUUCGGCAUCAUUUAAUCUCAACAACACUUUCUCCUGUUGUCGUGAAGAUUAUAGUUUAAUAGACUCUGCGUUUACUAUCACACUAGCUUUAUAAACGUAAUCAUUUGGCUGUAUAGACAAAGGAGAAGUUUGCAUGGACUUUUCAGCGCUAAUCUUGUUUGCAUGCUGGUUACACACUCUAUUGCAUGUCUGCUCUUGUCCAUAAGCUGAUCAUGGUUACAAUGAUGACACACUUGAGUCAUUCAGGAGAGGCUGACUGUGCCCCCCUUUGAGUCAGCCUGUUUCUGAACACUGUAUGAGGAGAGGUGAGAUAUGCCAAGCUGUUCCUUCUUUAUCUCUCCGGUCGGUGGAUUCAGGAGCAUGAGGUGCUGAGCUGUCUUGUUCACAGGUUUUUUAAUAGUUUGUAGAUUAACACAUGCUGGCUGUUUGUGAAGGUCCCCCCUAACUGUGCUGAAUUUCAGCCUUCAGGGGCGGCUGGUGAUGUACUUUCGAUGUGCUUCUCUAAUGUGAGUGAGUCAGAACGUGUGCCAGUUUCUGAUCUGCAGCUCAGGCUGUGCUGUUCGGCUCCAGCAUUCCUCUCAACUUUCUCACAUCCGUCCUGUGAUGUUGGCUUAUCUAAAGACCUGAGCGUGCACUUAAUAUGAGAGAGAGCACAAAUGCAUAUCUCCUUUUUUUUUUUUCAAUGCAGGCACUCCAUCAAAAGACAUCACAACUGCUGCUCUCAUUCAAUUCUCUCUGUUUGCAGCAGCAUCAUCUGAGCAAAUGUGGAAAGAAGGAAAGUGGACUUUGCAUAGAACCUUUCAACACAAGGUUAUAAAUAACGUGGCAUAUUCAAAAGGGAAAGAAAGCUGUCACUUUGUGUGGCCCUGCCCCCACACCUUUCACACAAACACAGAGAAAAGCCCUCCAGGCUAAGAUUUGAGAAAAAUCUUAAGAGGACACAGUAAUAAUCAGGAUCCGUGUGGGAUUUUCUCAUUUUAAAGCAGCUGGGGUGUUUUUGUAUCACAACCAAUAAUGGUCAAAUCAUCCUCGUAUCCUGUCUGUUGAGGCAGAGAUGAUUUUAGUACAGUAUGUGAAGUCAGGCAUGAGACCCUCAUGUGUGCGCCUACAUGUCAGCAGACACACAGAGCAGGGGGAGUCACCACAGAUGGCAGAGCAGCAUGCAAGAAAUUCAGUUUUUUGCAUGAAACUGUUGCUGUGCUGCCCCCGCACCAAUCCUUCUGCUUCCAUGAUGUUAAACCUGUUAAAUAUACCGUCCUACUGCAUACCCCUAUACAGCCUGUGCGUGUAUUGAAUCAUGCUUUAAUUUAGAAAAUGUGAAAAAUGUAGGCCACAUAAUCAGCAGCUCAUUUGCAUUUUGAUCAUGCAGAGGAAAUCACUCAAAUAAUGCUGUCCUCCUUUUUAGGCUUCGCAGUGAGAUGCUUCCUGUCACCAAAGGAUGAUUUCUGCAGACUUUGAGAGUUCCCUUACUAAACAUGUAGACUUAGUCCCACCCAAAUUGGGCUGAAACCAUUCUUUGAAUAAAUUGAGGAACUUGAUUGCCGUCAUCAUUGGUUUACAUAGUACAUAACUGUACAACUCACUGUGUUAUGCGAUGAGCUUGAAAUUCCCAUGAUAACCAAAUCAGACAGAAACUCAAAAUAGCUGAACAUGUCUAACCAGCUAUACAACACUAAAACACUGACCCAACAACUUAAAACGUAAUCAUAAUCAUGGACUAUAAAGCAGCUUUUCUGCAUCAACACAAGUGUUUUCAUAGUUUUUAAAAUUUUACCUCUUCCUAAAGGACAAUCAGAGAUCCUCCUGUCACUCAACGUUUCGUUCAUUUCACUAGAUUUCAUGUUGAUCAAUCUGUGGGAGACUGAAAUGCUGACUGUUGCUGCGCUCGUGGUGUUGAUUCAAUUCGUGAAUCACCAUCCUGCCAGUACGAGAGUCGCCUUUUUACAUUUAGCCACUUUUUUUGUCUGUUUUUUAAAAGUAAACCGAUGAGUUUUUCUUGCUAAUUUUGUUGAGCAACUUGACGUCCCAUUCAGCUACGUCAGGCUACGUCCAUCAUGGCUUGAUCAGGAGAUUUAGCGGGACUAAUGUCCUUGUCCCUGUUUCCAAGCACCGAGUGAAUAAGAAUGUGAGCUGCAAACCUCCUACAGUUCUUAAUUUUCAAAAAGCAUCAGUCAGUAAACAGAUAAUGGAUGUAAUAUUAUUUUAGAGGUGAAGGUAUGAGGACAUUUGGAUGUUGUCUGUCACAAAAGCUUAUUAAAUGCACUUAAUAAUACUAGAAUUAUUUUAGUUAUUUGAUACAAAACUGCAUACUGUAAGUGGUAGAUAAGCUAUAGGAGCUCAUGAGCUGCAGUUUACAGAUUAGGAUGAAUUAACCUCAUGAUAUUUAUUCUUGCUAAAUGCAGUUUUUCUGAGGUGUAAUUCCAAGUUAAUAAUAAAAACAAGUGAAACUAAUGUUUGAGUCAUAUUUGUUGUGAACUGUUGAUACCUUAUAUUUGAUGCAUGUGCGUGACAGUCUGACAAACCCCCGUAUGGAUCCUAUCGAUUAGAUCAGCGGUCUGCUGUACAGUCACAUUCAGCACAUGCUUUGCAGACGCACAGUUUACAGCUGGCCCACACAUGUUGACCCACAUUAAUUAAACCUUUUAUGUAAUGCCGGCAAUUAAAACAAAUGAAAAAAUACACCUAAACUGUUGUGUAAUCACUGAUACAAAUUGAAGAUGUGAGAACACGGAUAAAGUAAUGUGAAUUCACGAAUAUUGACUUCUCAACACGUUGUUUUGAAGACCUCUCUCAGGUUUUAGGAUAAAGAGUGAAUAGAAACAUGAAACGCUCAGCCCCCCACGGUGGCGCUGGUUAAGUGGGCUGCAGUUUUCCAAUUGAUUUAAUGGUUGCUCGAAGGCAAUGCACACAAACACAGAGUGGCCUUCUGAAUGAUCUCAUCAUGUGGGUCUUUUCCCACAGUGCCUCUGAGGUGAAUGACUCCAUCCUUUUGAUGUAGUGUACACAACAAACUGUCAUAGAAGUAGUAUGAAGAGAGCAGUGUUGAGCUGUAGUCUAUCAAAAAUACCGUCAAGUCGCCUCACUGUGAAAGUGUCUUGCAGCAGCUGGGUCAGUCAGCAAAUGACACCUACAACCAGAAGACAUGCUUUUUGCUUAUGUCAGAGUUUACUUGCACCGCAGCGUCCACAGUCUACAGUUUCUCUUUUCCUUCCAAGACUAACACCCUGCUUUACUUUGCAUACUGUCGGUCUGACUGUGACCCUUUUAACCUCAUGUGCUCAUUCAAGGGAUGAUCUGACCGUAUGUCGUGGCCCCCAGCUGUAGGCAUGAUGCACAGCUGACUCUCAUGAUGCUCCUCCACAGAUGUCUCCCACAGUGUCCCCUGUGACUUGUAAGCAUAAUUGAAUUACAAACAAGUCAUGGUCUCCGUUGCAACAUGGGAUUAAAAAAAAAAGCUUCAUUUUUCUCCUUUUUAUUCCUGACUUUGUUGUUUUUUUACGACCUCUCAUUUCAUCUUGUUUGCAUCCUUGACUGUCUCUCUUUUUUUUUUUUCCACAGCUUUUACCGGCUUUGUGGGUUUUUGAAGUUUCAGGGUUUGAAGUCUGAUCACACUCAUGCAUGACCAACACAGCCACUAUUUCCGUGCAUUUGUAUGCAGGGCUGGCAAAGAGAGAAGUGCCGUGGUCCUAAUGGUCUCACAGUCUACUGAGCUUUUACUUUCAGUCAGGACUUGUGGCUUUCAAACCUCCAAACUUACUUAGAAAUGACUCAUGUAUCAUUCUUUUAUUUCCUUAUAAAUUUAUGUUAUUUAAAUCAAGAAUUAUAGGCUCGGUUGCCUUUUUUCUCGAGAUGUGAGGCCUCAGCUGAAUGAAAAAAGUGCAUUGUGUUGCAGAGCUCUUACAGGAGGAAGCAGGGAGCCUUGUAGAAACCUGAAGUGAAUCAGAGGAAGUGUUACACAAUAGGAAGUGGUAUGUUUUUUCAGUGUGCGUCUAUUUGUUCCAUAUUUUCCUUAAAAAAAAACUGCAAUUAGCUCAUAUCUCACAAGGACAGUUUGACGUGGGGACAGCCCUUGUAUUGCAUUACACCCAUACUAUCAGUAACCUCUAUGGCAGUGUUCCCCUAUUGGUGUGAUUAAGUGUGCUAUCUCUAACCUGAAACAAGAUAGUAUUGUUCUCACUGCCUGUUGCAUCAAGUAGUAUGUGCAGUGUUCAUCGAGUAUAUUGUCCAAGAGUGAACUGCAUAAUAGACCGUGGGUUUCCAAUGUUUGUGAAUUUCUACAAGGUCUGAUUUAAUUAAAAACUAUAAGUCACAUUGUUGAGCGUUUGUUGAGUUACAUGUGAUGUUUUGUUUCCUGUUUUCCAGAGGCUGACCUCUGCUGGAGGACUGUGACGUGAGGCCACCUUCCAGGCCGGGCCUCCCUGCUCCUGACUGUCAGUGCAGCUCCACUGCUGCUGGUAAGUCCCACUGACACAGGUCGUAUGUGUGAGUCUGCAAAGUAUUUGUCUCAGGCUUCAUUAACUUCUUAAACUAUUGAACAAUCUUCAGAAUAUUUUCUCAGUUAGGGAAAGAGGUUUCCUGGCAUGCUCAAACAAUAGUAAACAAUGGCGAAAAACUCUACAGAUCUUUGAUUUACUACAACACAAGACAAAAAAGCAGCAAGUCCAUAUAACUACACUAUGGCAAGAACAGUAGUCUAUUUAAUCCGCCUAAUGGAGUUUUGGCUGUGCAUACUGAUUUUUGAUGCAACAACUCUUUCAAGCAAACAAGCAUUUUGAUUAACAGGAAGAGAAAAUUAUGUUUUAAAUUUUACAGGGUAAGAGAUUAAAGGUAAUACUUUGUCCACAGAGGGGCGCUGUAACCUGCACAGAUAAAAAGUUCCUCACAGGACCUUUAAACAGUAACUGCAGUCUGAUUAGUAUGAUUCAGAGGUUCAUGGUCCUUGGAGGAUAAAUCCCUCACACACAGGUGCUCUGUCAAUCUACACAGACACCAGCAGGCUAAAGUGUUAACAGGUUGACAGCCGUUGAGUUCGCAUGAAACUUGGUGUAGACAGUUGCUCUCUCUGGAGCUUUCACACUUUCUACUGCAAACUUCAUCUGCUGGAGUCUAUUUUAAGUCUGUGUCAGUAGAAAUUUCUCUCUUUAUCGCUGACGUUGGAUGUGUUGGAUUAUUUCUGAAAGUUUAAUUAUUUUUUUACAAGAAGAAUUUACACUGCCAUGACUGGAACGGAUUCAAUUCAAGAGAAAACAGGAAAAAUAAAUACUAAUAACUUUAUUCUUCAUGUAAAGACAUUCAUUCCAUUCCCCUCUUCAAGUGAAUGUCCACGAUGUCCAUCAAUGCAAAGAUUGUACGCCAGACCUUUUUUUUUUUUACUCUAAAUUUUCAUUCUCUCCUCCAGAUAACCAUCUGCGUAUCUGCUGCUAUUUGUUUACCCGUCUAUUUAUAUCCGUCCAAAGACUAAAUUCAUAUCUGAUCCUCAUUUGAAUGGGCCGCAGCGCUUGAAUUACGGGCUGCUCAGAAUAACGAGGCAAAAUACUCGAUGUCAAAGCUUGUUUGUGAGCCCAGAUUUCUCCCAUUGUUUUAAAGCAAUGUGGGUCACACUGCGUGCUGAAGGGCUCUGAAUGAAAAGAGACAUUCCUCUAAAUGGCAGUUGAGUCAGUUACCUUGCUUUCUUUCCAUUCGUGGUAUUUCCAUGUCAAUGUGGGCUCAGAAUAAGUAGGAGGAAGCAUCAUACAGCACUCGUCUUGGUAAUAUGUUAUUUAUACACAUGUUAAACAGACAUGUAUAUGAUUGGUAUUCUGCUUAGAAAAUGUAAAAUGCAGAUUUUUCCAGACUUGAAAUAGACACGUCACAUUUUUUUGGGAGAAAAAUAUGUAUCUAGGGCACUUUAGGCUUAAGUUUGCAUGUCGUGUUACAUGACUCUUUGGGGAUGUUAGGCCUCAGGUGGAGCUGAAUCAAACUGUGCCAGAACUGUCCCCUCUGCUCUCCUUUCAUUCUGAAUCUAACAACAGAAAAAGAAUGAAGGGGGCACUGCUGCAUUCACUGGUAAAAAAAAAAAACCUUGAAGUUUUAUUGACACUUCUUACCCCUAAAACUCUUGCCGUGCUAUUCACCCUCCAGGUUGAUGGAUGUUAGAGGAUCAAACUCUCUAAAGUGAACUCCUGCACCCAUCAGCUGGAUUUAUUUCAUCUAAGAGUGAUCAAAGCUCCACUUUUACAGCUGCUCUGGAGUUUGGUUGCACCGAUACAGCAGACAUGUCAUUAUGCAAGACCUCCUGUGGUGCACCUUUGGCUAUUAUAGUCUUAACGUGCCGUGCUGUGGGUGUAUGUGUAAUGCUGGCUAAGGAAAUGAAAUGCAUCGCGGGCCAUAAAAAGCAGUUGAGUAAUGCAGGUGCUCCCAGCUUCCUGCCCCCAUGUAGCUUGAAGGCAGUGGUCUUUAUGUAACCACAGGGCGCAGGGUCACAGCCUGCCGACUGCUCACAUGACACACUUUAACACGGGCCUCACCACCGCUUGAUUAAACACAUUAUUUGUUGGUUACUUAGCAGGGAGUAGUGGUAUUACACGUCAUUUAAGGCCAGUGUCGUUUAGCAGAGUGAACUUUUAAUGCAUUUUCACCAAGGAGCAUCAACAGCUGUAGCUAAUGCAGUUUGUAGAGUUUGUAAAGAUACUAAACUUACAAAUCAGCGAAUCAGAGGCGUGCCAGAAGUAGACAGAAGCCCACCUUAAGUAGGUUGAGGUUGAGUCAGAAUUUCCAAUAUGGUUACUGCCUCUAAUAGGCUUCAAAAUCAACUCUAGUAACAAAUGGAUGACUACGUCCAGGAAUUAUCCAGUCCCUAGUUUUUACUCCUUUCCUGCUUCCUCCUCGACAAAGGGAACUAUUUUUUCUCUCCUAAGUUGCCUUUCCUCUCUUUUUCCUUCUACACCUCCCAUCAUUUCCCCCUCUGCUUGUACCUCUGCCCAUCCCUGUGUAUUUUCUCCAUGUCUCCUUGGAGAUUGUUACCAUGACACACAGCCAUCAUCCCAUUGGCUGAGCUCUGGUGCUGGAAUGCCGCACCGUUUUGACAGCUAAGCCUCAGGUGGUUCAGAUAUAGGAUCACUAAGUCAGUGUAUCCUUGUGAGGGACCUGCAGUUCGUGUGUGUGUGUGUGUGUGUCUCUGUGUGUAGGCUAAUGUCAAGCUGCUGUGGCUGCCCUCGUAAGACACAAAUCCAUUGACUGAAAUAACUCUGAAUGAAUGGCGUGCUAUUUUAGCUGGGACGCGGUACACAAGCCUGUGGCUGUACAGAGGAGGAGGGGCGGCAGACGUGUUGCAUUAUAAAUGGAGAAAAGAGACGAGUUAAUACAGCGCGCAGAGUUUUGUGUGAGAAUAUUCAGGAUGGAUUAGCCUUGCUAAGCCACGGGGGAGGUGUGCUACAGUAGCCCGAGGUGAGGCUUUUCUUGGCUCCACUGUUGCCAUGAGCAUGUCUGGGCCAACACUGCCCCCAGCUGGUGAAUCCUGGUAGUGCAACACUUGUGUCGAUGAUGGAUGGUGCUCAGAGAAAUGUGUUCUUGCAAAAGUUUACCCUAAAGAGUAAAGCUUUAAACUUUUUGAUGCCGGCGUAAUUUUUUUGCUGUUUUAGAUUAGAAAACACGUCAGGCUUUGAAAUGCAGAAAACAAGUAAAUGCUCCUUUACUCCCUUAACUCUUGAGAGAGCAUGCUUAAAAUUUAACAGAGAAGUGCUUCUUUACUUGUUAGUAUCAGUUGCUCCACACUUGACUCAGCAGAUGGAAGCCGCUCUGACCCCACCCACGGAGCAGGUCAUCUGAGAUGAUACGUCUGAGUGGGUGUAAUAUGUAGAGUGGCUUGUUAUGUCAGCUAAAAGCUUCCAGCUUCUCCUCCCUCAUCUAUUAUUGAUGCCGCUGGAGGGGCUGACACUGUGUUACUUCCUGCCCCGGUUCCCUCGAGGGAGAACCGUCCGGCUGCUGUCAUUCCUCAGCAGACGUUAGAGAGCCUCACCGUCUGACAGAUUACGAUGAAAAGUGGCAUUUACGUUAGGUCUGCAGAAGUGUCAUUUUGAUAAUGUUUGGCACACAGAAGCUUGUAGUCUGAAGUUUCUGCUUGUCAACACUGGAUGGCGCUCCAAUAUCAUGCAUCAGUUGUGCAUCACAUUUAAGGACGCUUGAGUUGGAAAUCGUUUUUUUUUUUUUUUUCUCGUGAAAAUUUCUGCAGAAAGGAAUCUCAUAUAUGCAGAAAUUUUUAAAAAGUUACAGUAAAAGUGAUAAUUUCUUACUGCAGUUCCAAGUUUAAGCAAUCCCAAAUGAAGAAAGCUUAGGGAGUGGUCUUCCAUCCACUGUCAACGCAUCCUCCAGAUGGCGCUCCUCUCUCACUGAAUGAAAUUGCCGCCUGGUGCUCCUCAAUCUGAUGCCCAUCAUCCAUCCAAAACCUCCUCUGUGCCCCACCCAAAAUCCUGUUAGGGUUACACUCUGCAGAAAAAAACAUACAAAAUGAUCCUUCGUCUACUUCUGACUAAAACUCAGCUUUCACUUUGAAUCAGGAUGCACUUGUGAUAAGAUGUGUUGUCCCUAAAUAUUUAGGAGUGCAGACAGAGUGAGAUUCUAGGGUGCAGCGAGUGACGCCGGUGAGUCACAGUCAGAAGGUCAGCCGAGUAACGAUGGUUUGGGGCUGUUUUCUUGGCAGAAGAAAGGCAGAUCUUUACUUUUCAUGGGGUUUAGGAGACAGCUGCCCCCUCAGGGAGCGGCUGCUUGCUUAGACUGAUGACAAUGAGUCAAUAUGCCCCCCUCUUAAUGAUUUCCUAACACAUCCAAGGAAGAAGUCAGAGGACUCUCAAGGGCAGGGUGGGGAGGGCUGGCUUUACACUGAGGAAGAUGUUCAGCGGGUGGGUGAAAGAUUCAAAGAGUUUAUAGAAACUGCUUUUUACAACUCUUUUGAUAAAUCUGACACCAAUUUCUCGAUCUUUUAUUUUCUGAAUGUUUAGCAGCAUCUUUCCCUGAAAUGAUCAAACGGACUCCUGAGGAAGUCUGCUUAAAUGGAUUGAUGUGAUGUUGCCAUGUUUUCCAGGCUGUCAGCGUCCCUCUGCGUGUUUUUGACGCUCUAAAGUGUCAUAUUGGUGUGACUGAAGAGCAGCGCUAAGAGCCUCUUCACACAGCUCCAUUUCAACCGAAGCCAGCGUUUUAGCUGACUCUUGUGUACGUGCCUGUUGCCAUGGUUUCCAACUUUCAUCAGGUGCUGUCCAAAGAGAGGGGCUCAACCGGGGUUGAGUCGCUCCCGCUUUCAUCAUCCUCUGAUCUGCCUCUGGACGAACCGCCGGUUUUUCAUGUGUUCAUUUCCAUUCAUGCUGACUGUGUUCAUCUGGUGAUUUAAAGCGGGGAGUCAUUAAUAAGGGUCUUUUUUUUUGAGGGGGGGGAAUAUUUUUAGCUGCAUGUGUGGUUGCAGGAGAGAGAUUUGACAGCUGAGGCUGGAUGUCACCCUGAGUAUCACCCUCAGUUGUAGUAAUUCAGUUUUUCUGCGAGGCUUGUUUUGAUUUGCCAGAAUCUGGGUGAGGGGGGCAUUAUCUGAUGUUUACGGGGGGUGCAACAAUACAGAGGCGUGGCCACGAGGUAAUGGAGUUCACCCCCGUAAACAAACAAAUAGUACCCCCACCCCCCACCCUUUUUUUUUCUACCUCAUUGCCAUGUGCCCCAUAAGCCAUAUUUAGUCAGCUGGGUAGGGUUGACAGGACGUGUUUCAGGGGUGAGGAGAAGUCCAGCGGGGGGGAGGAAGCGAGGGGGGCACAUGCCAGCCCCAUUCGGGAAGUGCUCCCCCAUUUUCUGCCUGUCGAAUCGGGCCAGUGUCAGCGAGCUCCGGCGGGUCCAGGUCUGGCCGAGUGGGCUAAUGCGAUGUGGCGUGUCACCCGGGAAAUCUAGGUCAAGUUUAAAGCUGCCGAGCUCUGCCCGCCUCUGCUGCAGUGUGACGCUCUACAAUCCCUCCCCUUCCACACACGCAAUAUCGCCAACACGCAUCCUCACAGAAAUCAGUGUUUUUGACUCAAAAUCAUGCAGGGAUAAAACUCAAAGAUGCAUUUUUCACUCUUUGGACCUCCAUAUCCUCAGAUAUAAACAUGCACAUACACUGCCGCCCCUCCCCACCCCCAUCCUCCACACCCCAGGCGAGCUCUCAGCCUCUCCACGGCAGAGCCCACGUGACGCUGCGCCCCCAUUUAGGGAGGGAAAAGGGGAGGGGAGGGCGUUGUUUUUCUUCCAUAGUAAAGCAGCAGGGGCACGUGGCUCCUCACGCUGCAGCCCGAGUAGUGGAAUGUCAGCACUAUCCACUCCCGUACAUUAGCCAGCCAUCAGCCCCCCGGAGCUGUUUUUUUGUGGGACGUUGCCGCAAUGCCGGGUUUCAGCUGUGCCCUGCUUCUGUGGGUGCUUUUAUUAAAAGGAGGAGAGGAUGAAAGCAGGGAGACGGUGGAAGGCAGUGCCAUGCAGAGGUCAGGCUGCUGCAUGGGCGUGGCACAGUUUUGGUGUCGUUUCCAAAAUAAGCUUCAAGCUCUCUGCAAUUUGCAAAUCAUUAAAACGUCCAAUUUUUGUUGCAUAAAUCAAACAUGUCACAUUUUAUUACAAUAUUUCUAGUUGUAGCAAAGUGGCAAAAACCACAAUUAAAUUUUUCUGCAAUAAUAAAUGAUUUUAAACUCAUUUUCAUUAGUAUAUGAACACUUUUGCUUCAUUUUUUAAUGUAAAAAUUGAUUAAAAUAAUGAGAAUUUGCUGAUCUACACAAAAAAAAUAAUCACAUUAAAUCUCUAAAUGCUCAGUAGUGGAAUUAAAUAUUUCUCCAUCGUCUCCAGUUGACUUCACUCCUCGGCUAAUCCGCUGUUUUUGGCGCAUUACCUCAUCUGUAUUAAUAUAUUCAUGUGCUUUCAAGCCCUACUACUACUGUACUCACUCCUCACCCAGAGCUGGCCUCUGAUUGGCUGCUGCAAUGUUUUCAAUGGCACCAAAUUUUUUUUGCCUCCAUGGAUACAGUGAGCUGUUGGGUAGAUCCGCUCAGCCAAUAGGAGAGCUGCGCGGGCUCCUGCUUGUCAGAUUCUGCCCCUGGCCUUAGAAGCAGCCCUCCCUCCCUCGCUGCGAGCACGCGAUGGCUCAGUGGGGGGGUUCAAAACAACAACAAGGCUGUCGUCGGGCUCUCCGAGCUGCCCGGGACAUGCCAGAGCUACUGGGUGCUGCUGCAGCCACCGAGGGAGGGGGGGAGAUUUCAGCUCCUGAAUCUCUGUCUGAUACAGUAUCUGUGUACUCACAGCCAGCUCACAUCCGCUCACUCUGACUCUGCUAUCAUGAAGCAGCCAGUCACUCUUAGUAACACACAUUGUUUCAUCUUUAGAGGGAGGUUCAAGUCGCCGUAAGCUGCAAAGUGAAAGCUGGUUUAUUAGCUGGUUUUCAUGCAAUCUAAAAGUGAUUCUUAGUGUGAGAUUAAGAUUUAAAAAGCUGUAAAUUAUACAAAUUUAAUCAGCUCUUUUCUAGUACACUUGAAGAUGCUCAGCUGGACUUUGAAAUGCAGCCACACAAAUCCCCGUCCUUAAAAUGACCUCGUUUUAAGCAGCCCAAGGGAGCGGCGCCGGGCCUGCGAUGCUGCCAGCGCCCGCGUUCGCAGCGCCGAGAGCCCCUGCAGCUCUGCCAGCCACGCUCAGUCAGUCUGCAAGCGUCUGAGAGGUGGCAGCAGAGGACCGGAGGAGGCCCGCCGGUGACGGGCAGUGCCCACAUCAUCCAGCAGGGCGAGGGCGGUGACAGCUCUCGUCCUCUCCGAGGCUGGAUCAGGUGGUGCUUUCUGACAGCCAGCGAGGUGCCGGUGCUGGCACAGUCAGACAUUCAGGUCACAUUAGAGAAGGGGAAGAAGAUGAGGCUGGACAGGGCAGGUGGGUCUUUGCAGGUGGUCAAUGGGUCCAGUGAAGGACAGUUGUGCUGAUCAUAAAGUCAUGAAAUACAUCAAAAUUUAAAGAAACUAAAUCUACGACAUAAAGUCAUCUUUUGUAAAGUCAACAUCGGUACUGUUUUCCAUCAAAGAAUACUCAAUUCUGCUCUUCGUCAUCUGAUAAAUAAAGAAGUUUUACAGAAACAGUCAGUCUUUAAAAAUAUGUUUUCCUGAGGGGUUGGGGUAGUUUGUGUUUGUCUCACCCAACGUGUAAAGCUUAGUCAGCUGCCUUUCAAAGCUUUUCUAGCUGACCUUUUGGCAUGCAUCAUCUUUGUACUUUAGAUUAUUUUUGGGAGCAGUGCUGAAAUAUAAAGUCCAGGAUCCACUGGAAAACAUUGUUAAACCUGUGUGGUUGCAAGCUGAUGAGGGCUAAAUUAGAGGUAACUCUAAAUUAACUUUGCUUUGCUUAUACUCUGCCUUCAUCUUGUCUCACUUCGACAAGUUCUUUAGCAGCUUACAGAUAUGGUUCAAACAAUGCAAUACCACCAGGAACUGUGGGGGGCAGUGUCGAGCAGCAAGAGCUUAAGCCAAACCAGUAAAUCUGCAAUUGCCUCAACAAUUGCCUCAAUCUUAACAGAAACAUGACCAAUACCUCCUCUACCGUCACCGCAAUUUUUAGUCUAAAAAUAUUUGAAUCUUCUCUUUUAGCAGGUGUAAUUUUUGACUCAGUGGCGCCCUCAUGUGGUUGCUUAAAUGAACAUUCAGAGAGGAUUUAUGGGAGUAUGUAAGAAGCACGAAUUAGCCUGAAGCUGUAAAUGGAAAAACAAAGUAGAGUGCUCAUCAAAUAAAUUAUUGAAAAUCAAAGACUGUAUAAACACAGAUGUCGUCUCAGCAAUGUCAGCUAUUCAUUUCUAAAAGGCGAAGAGAUGCUAACAUCCACCAGCGUACAAUCUAUAAACCAGCAAAAAGCUGGAGUUGAAGCCUCCUGGUGAGUGGCUACAAUUUCCCACCUCCAAGUCAAACCAGUUAAGCCUUGAAUUAUUCAUAACUCAUUUCAAUUACACAUAAAAACUCAAGAACUUAUGUAAAAUGCCUCACAAGGUGCAGUUUGGGCUUUUUAGAGUCUGCCUCUUGUGGACACUUGAGGAGCUGCUGUUUUUUUUUCGGCAUCCUUUUCGACAACAAAGAUUACGGUUUAUUUAAAACAUAUUUAGAUUGUUUUCAUGUUCAAAACAGGGAAGCAGGAUCAUCUUUUUCUGAGCAUUUUAAAAUUUCACUCCAGAAUAUAAUAACCUUUUAAGAUGUCAAUUGUGAUCUAUUUUCUAGUUUUGUAAUGUCUCAAUAACAACCCCGAACCUUAAGAAAUGUGUUUACUGUCGCAGAAGACGAAGAAAAACGGCAAAUAUUCACAUUUGAGGAGCUGACAACAGAGGAUUUUCUUCUUCUUUUGUGCCUUGAAAAGAACAUUUUUGUUCUUUCAGAGUCUCUUCAGUGUGUUGUGAGACGGAGCAGACCUGAGGAAGCAUUAACAUGUCAAAGGCGUAGCUUUCUGCUCUGACUCUCAGGUAGUCUAUAAAUAGUCCGUGUCUGCAGAGUACCUGGUAACAGCCAUGUCAAAUAUGCUUAUUCAUCACUCCUGUUUUCUCUUUUCAAGUGAGGACAUGACCCACUGUUACACUUUCAAGACGCAAGAAUUCAUGUCUCUCAAGCUCACCCCACUGACCGCUCCCUCUGUGUUGCAUCUCUUGCAUUUUAAAAGUGCUCCGUCCAGUCCUCCGCUGCCGACUGCUGAGCGAGGACUUCGCCUGUUCGCAGCACCUCCCUGUCUCUCAGCGUUACCUGUCCCGCUCAUGAUUUCUCCCGUCACCGCUCAGUCACUUUGGCCUUUCCCCCGUCACUCAUCUCUCAUGACAUCUGCCUGCCCAAGUGCAACUUUGUCGCCGCUCUGCGUCGUCCCACACAGUACAACCUGUACUCCUCCUUGUGUCACCAAGGGUUACAUCUGUCCCCACACACCCCACAGCUUCUUUCUACUAACUGGCACAGAUCUACAUCUUGUCAUGUGUCUGUUGACCUUUUGCAGCUGAGUAAAUAUCAGCUUUAUCUUAGUGGGAGCGGAGCAUAAAGCCAUGCAAAGCUGUCUCCUCUUAUUGCACAAGUCACAACUGGGGUGAACGUUGAUAACAGAUGUGGAGUUUAUGUGUGUGGGGUCGGUUUAUAGAUGAUAAUUGAGAGUUUGGCAUUUAGGGCCUCUCUUUGUAGUUUUUCUAAAGCCUAAGGUGACCAUGUGUGGAUGUCAGGGUGGAGCUAGAGAGAAGUUAACGCUUGCACAGCUGUGAUAAAGAGCUGCAUUCAUAACUUAUCUUUGCUUUGAUAACAAAAGGAUGCUGAUGGUUUUAAGAGGGUCUGUGUAAAGGAAAUAAAAAGCUGGCUCUUUGGAAUGGCUGACGCUGAAUAAAACCUCAAUUAGGUGGCUUCAGGAGCAACUUUUCAUACUCCUAAGGGAGUACCUUACUUGGGUUGCUUCGGUAGGAACUUUUUAAUCACAGGAGACUCACAUUUUUAAAUACACCCUGCUUUUAUUGUUCUGUGUACUGUAAACGGUAGGGGUGGGAGAAAAACUCGAUUCACAAGAAUAUGGCAAUUUUUUUGUUUGUUUAAAAUUUUAAUUUAUUUAUUUAUUUAUUUUUUCAAAUUUAAGAAUAAAUCUUAAACUGACUUACAUUUGGUGUGUAUUUUUUGGGGAAAUAUGGUUCCUAGUCAGUAGACAGUAAUAAUCAUUCAACAGUUUCACUGGUGUUAAAAAUGCAGACUAAGAAUUGAGAGAAAAUCGACAGUAUCAUAGAAUCCCAAUUUAAAUCAAAUCAGCAUUCAAAAAAUCGUAAAACAAUCGAAUCAGGAGAAAAGCGUAUCAUCCCAGCCCGAGUAACAUCAUUGUUGUUGAAGACUUAGACCUUCAGACUGAAGAAAAUAAAAACUCUUCUUCAGGCCUAACAAGCUGUGAUAUGUUCUCUGUUUUCACUUUUAUCAAAGCUGCUGAAAGGAGCUCUCUAUUUGUGUUGAAUUUGGCUCCCCCUGUGGACAGAGUGAUACCCCUUGACUCUCUCUGUUACUUGUCCUUUCCCCUCAGAAAGGGUGUGUUUUUCCUGAUGUAAACUUCCUUCCUUUUAAUCUCAAGUAUGACUGAUGACUGUGGGUAUUUACUUUAAAGGCAGUUCCUUUAAUGCGCCAUCAGUGACCUACAAGCAUUUGAAAUAACAAUGUUGGAAUUGUUGAUCUAUAAGCAAAUGGUCUUGUUUGCUUUCCUACCUCAAAUACUGGCAUCACUAAAUAGAGGUGGGAGAAAAAUUUGAUUCACAUAGGUAUCUCGAUUUUUUGUUUUACAAUUUUUAAAUCAAUAUUUAGGUUAAAAAAUCGAUUUUCUCUUCAAAGUGAAGAAUAAGUGUGUAUUUUUGGGGGAAAUAUGGUUCCUGGAAUAGUCAGAGGACAAUCAUAAUCAUUCAACUGUUUCACUGGUGUUAAAAAUGCAAACUUAAGAUCAUCCAAAGGCAUCCAAAAAAUCAUAUGAGAAUUGAAUUGGGAGAAAAGCAUAUCGUCCCAGCCCUAUCACUAAAGAUGUCAUUCAGUUUCAUUACCAGUAAAAAAUCACUCACUGGAGCUUUAAGUAAAUCUACCAAGACAAACUGCACUUAUUAUAUUAAUUUUUGAUACAAAAUACCAGAAAUAGAAAAAAAGAGUCUAAUUAUUUCCCUGUUUUUAAGCAGACCAGCAGUGUGAUAUUUCAUGCUCAUAAUAAAGCUGCUGAAUAAAAUCCUAAUGGUAAUUCUGCUGAGUAAUUAUGUCACAUGCACCAUUAUGAUGAUCAGUUAUUUAUCGGUUUGAUUUUCAUUUUUUCUCAGGGUGAAAUGUGGAUCAACAUGACACAUUCAAUGCAAAUAUUCAUGAUGAUGAAGAGUAUGAUUGUACAUAUUUUCUUCUCAGUACUGUGCUGUUGCAGUAGAUGCUACACUCUGUUACUGAGCCACAUGUGCUGGAUGUGCUUAAGGCAUUUUAAAUAUUCAUGUUAUGUGUCAGCCUCUAUAACCAAGACGCUGCGUUACACUGUCUGCAGACAUUGUGAUUCUGCAGGCAUGAUGAAGUGACUCUGAAAACCUCAAAUAUAAGAUCCAGUGAAUUAACUUCAAAUGAUUUGGAGAAGGUCUUGAAUUGUACGAACAGCACUUCCUGUUGUAGAUGUUGAGGUUGAUUACAUUUGAGUCCCCUGUGGAGGCCCCGUGUUGUGGAUAACUUUGCAAACUACUGUCUGUAACUGCCUGAGAUUUCUGGGAAGAAACUCAAAGAAGCAGAAAAACCCAAACUGAAUUUUAUUUUUGGAGACUCUCUGGUUUGCCAUCUGGCUUGUUGAGAGCCUGGGUGCAGGAAACACACACAUAUCGAGGUCCAAGGGGAGUGCUAGUGUCUCCGAGCGGUGGGCAACAUCUGGGGCAGUGGGGCAGUGAAGCAGAGCAAGGGCAGGGUGUCGGGGUGUCAUGGAUCCAGUGGAGUCUCACCACCUGCUCACUUCGCUGCUGUGUUCUUCUCAUUUAUCGAUCUUUUUUCUCUCUCUUCUCUCUGCAGGUAUCGUAACAUGGGGAACCUACUGAAAGUUCUGACUUGCACAGAUCUGGAACAGGAGCCCAAUUUUUUCCUCGAUUUUGAAAGUGAGUUCUUUUUUUACUUGAUAGCCCCCUCUCCCGAUAUCGAUCACAUGAAUAUCUUACCAUAACAUUAUCAACUCUGGAACUCUUCAGUCUCCUCACCCGUCCGACUUAUCUUUUACUCUUCGCUCUUCCCAGCGGCAAAAGAACCAAAUCUUACCAAAAGAGCUUCUGCUUCUCUCCAUCAACCUGCCUCAUGCACGCUGGAAUGUGCGCAGAAUAUCAAUCAGGGCAGAGUUGCAGCAGAACCCCCCCCUCUCCUCCUUCUUCAGAUAUAAAGCGCUGAAGUUCAGCUGCUGUGUAGCCUAAGGCCCCUCAACUCAGCUUGAUCCUGCACCGUGGUGUUCUCACUCUUGGCAAACUCAGAGACUCAGUCAUACCUUCAGAGAAAACAAAGCCUCACACAGCUCGCACUGUUUCUAGGUGAUUUUUAAUAUGAAAAAAAAAAAAACGAGGCUGCAAUUACAUAUCCUACAAAAGCCUUUUGAUCAAACACAGCUUAUUAAUUCUCCUUUAAGUAUGCUUUCUAAAAAUGCGGUUUCACUCAGAGAUGAGAGCACAGGGAGGCUCCAAAAUAAAUGAUUUUUAAGUGAAUAAUCCCAUCACAUCAAAUAAAAGUUAAUGAAGAUUUCCAUGAGCUGUGUUUUUGGGUGGUUUUUUUUCUUUCUACAGGGGAGUGUGAGUUUACAGUCAUCACACUUGGCAAGGUGUUCUCGCUUCAGGUGGUUGGAAAGGUUCACAGUGUUGCUUCUCUUCAACCAAAAUAAUAGGAAAAAAAACUCUGAAAUAGAGCCAUCUUUACACCAAGAGCUGUUACGGAUCUGCAGAGGAGGGCAUCAGCAGUCUCAUUUGUCUCCUCUUAUCAUGCUCCAUUUUCCUCCUCUCAGCCAGGAAAAAGUGGGUGGUGUCAUAUCUGAACUCGAAGCUGGAAAGAUUAGAUUAUUUGAGGGGAAUUUUUCAUUUCCAUAAUUGAAAGUUUCUUGUUGAAUUUCAGAUCAUAUGGAGGGAUUUUAGAAAAUUCCUGGAGUCCUGUGAUCGUACGUUAAGCUGGUUUCUGUCAGGAUUAGUUUACCAAUCUGAUUUGCCCCCCCUGACCUUGUCGUUGUCGUCGUCCUUCCCCCCAUACAGAUGCCCAGCCCACGGACGCAGAGCGGGAGGUGUGGGAGCAGGUGGACGUGGUGCUGAAGGACGCGAAGGGGAUCCUGGAUGAGCUGCAGUCGUACAAGGGAGCGGGGCAGGAGAUCAGAGAGGUACGGCUGAUCCAAACACAGAGCUGCUGCAGUCAGGACAGACUGGCUGUCCGGGGACGACCAUGAGGCAGAUUUAACCCGGGUUAUUGAGAGUUCAGGACCACAUGAGGUGUUUGGGUGCAGCUGCAGCUGAUGUUCCUCUUUUUUUAAAGUCAAUAAAUUCUCCUUUUACUCCCCUUGAAGAAUUCUUGGUCAAAACAAAAUUACAUGUAACUGCUUAUUCUGUCAUCUUUCACUAUUUAUAAGAUCUGGUCUGCAUAUGAAGCCUGAUGGGAAAGAAACUUGGCAUUCAAACAGGCUAAAAGUCAACAUCAGCUGUUUAAUGAACAACUGGGUGAAUUCAAAGGCCUCCUGGAGCCUUUAAAUGAGCCAAUGAUUAAACUUUUAUGGCUAACUUAUGAGCACAGACUGGAAUUUUCUCGUUUUAAUGUCUGUUAACUAUGAAAACACAAGGAUUCCCCAUUUUUAGUAACAUCUACAGCUGAGUCUGACUCAGGAAAAGGUUUAAAAACAUGUUGUAAUUUUUAUUUCUUAUCAAAUACUUACGCCUACUUUACCCACAAUGCAAAUCACCUGCAGACAAGUAGGUGGUAAAUUUAGUCCAACUGUGGCGGGUAGCAGCCACACGCAAAGGUAAAAUCCACUCAUCCUUUUGUUCUUGAAGCCACACCCCCAGAAUCUUGUCAAACUGAUCUUGACUUAAAGCUCCUGUGAGGAACUUUGUCUGCCAGUUUCAUCCCGUCCCCCUGAAAGAAAUGAUAACUGACAGAGGUUUCUCCUCCUGUUGUCAUUUUACAGAAAAUUUCAUCUUAAUGUGGAUAUUUACUGAAAUCAAGGCUGUUUUUUUCAGCGCACCUACCCCCUCACAGCAGCUGAAGCCAUCAAAUAUGACAAUAAAGAGAGAGUCAAUCUUGUCAUCAAUGCUCGUAUUUGUUUUUGUGCAUCAUAGAGACACAACACUGUUCAUUUCAGUCUGUUUUAUGACCAAUCAAAAACUCCUCACAGGAGCUUUAAGUGACGUCAGAAUUCACUCCGCUUUAAUGAGUAUCAACUCAGACUUUAAGAGUGAUAUCAGGGGAGUAGAUGAUAGUGACAACUCACAGUUAAGGCCGGCGUAAUAUUUUAUUCAACUGUGAUUUAGAUCUCUCUUUAAAUCCUGAUCUUUUAGUACACUGUAAACAGAAAGUCUUUUUAUGUUUCUGUUUCCAGGCGAUCCAGAAUCCAAACGAUGAGGCAUUACAGGAGCAGGCGUGGGCGGCUGUUCUCCCCUUAGUUGGGAAGCUGAAGAAGUUCUAUGAGUUCUCCCAGAGAUUAGGUAAGAAUCCGUCUGCACGCACCUCUUGAAUGUAGGCCAGAAAAAAAUCUCAGAAGCCGCCCUCAGACUGAGGCGCUCAGGUGUCCUUUGAGAUUUUACUCAAAUGCAGCCGUUGUUAUGCGCGACAACAGCGCCGCAAAAUCCCAACAUGCGAGAAUUUCUGCUUUACCCGACACUUUAAAGGACAAAAGCAAACACCUUUAUGUCUGAAUGCUCUUCAAAGCGAUGGUACAUAGAUACAACCUCCAUAUGUGACCUUAAUUGUCUGCAUGUGCAUCUGAAUCAAUGACUGCUGAGCUGCAAAAGUCAACAGACAUGCGACACACAAACACACUCACACACACACACACACACACCGCAGCCUUAUCUAAACAUGCUUAAACCCCCUCAGCCGUGCAUUUCUCCACACGCUGCCUGCGCUGCACGCUGACCUCUGCAGGAUGGGGCUAUAGGUUGUUUAAUUGGCAUGCAUAUGGGGGGGGGCAGGGGUUGCAGGCUUACUGCACCCUGAUCUUCUUAUGACCCUCAGGCUGAGGGGGGUGGAGCCCAGCUCGCCUUGAUGCCCUCAGCCCCGUAAUCCCAGUAGCGUGGAGACGGCAGUCAGUCGGACCGGUGGGCGGAGGCAGCCCUGGCGAUGGCUGUUAUGUAACAAAGUAGGCCACCUCCCAUCCUGGGCUGCUGCUCCACUUCUCUGCCUUGACUUUAAGGCUUCGGGGGCCGUGAUGGCCUCGCAGCCUGCCGUCCCGUCUGAUACGCAUGAAGCUGAAAGUCUUUCAGCGCACGCUGGUGGAGAGAUCUGCAGAGCACGACUCCCGAGGAUGAUAUUAUGGAGAGAAGAUUAUGCAACUAGCUUUGCAUUUGAAUUGAAGGGACGGAUUUAUUCUGCUCCUACCACUGAUUUGUGCAUUGACACCAAAUUUUGACUUAAAUUUAUCAUGGCUGACAGAAAUAUAUUUAUAUUUAAGCUACAAAAGCAACAAGAGUCCAAGUGUUAUCUUCAUGCUGCGGAUUUUGUUGCAUCAAUCAGUCUAAAAAAAACCCCCAAAGCGAUCAAUUUAAAGCAUUACGAGACAGUAAACAGAGACAAAGUUGUCACUUGUGAAAAGCGAGAACAAGUCAGUACAUAAUUAAUCAAGAAGAUAGCUGAAUUUCAUAAAACUGAAAAAAGUAAAUUUGUAUAUCUUGCUUUUAAGUACCAGUUCUUGUAUUUACACUCAGGUUUAACAAAACUGACAGAAAUAUAUCAACUUUUUUGGUGAAUGCCUGCUGGAAAUCUAAGUUAAUGUCAUUUACACUACAUAUUUUGUUCAAACAGAACUCAAAACACCUGCAGUGCUCAAUUUGAAGAAAUAAAAACGCCAAGAAUAUCAGCUAAAUUCUCAUAUCUAAGACGCUAACAUUGGAUUUAAGUUAACAUCAAGUUAAGUUAACAUCAAUGAAUGAUUACCGAUGAUGAGAUAAUGUAAUUUCUGUUGUAAACAAAUCUCUCAGCCUCAUGUUAUUUAUACUCAGACCUGAAUUAAAGUCAAUAUCAGCAUCUUUCCUUGUCUACACCUCAUUAGGAUCAUUAAACACAUAAAGGUUAUAGUCUUCUCUAAUGUUAUAAACCAAACAGAUCUAUUAGCUCCAGUCUGUCAGUCGUUACAGGCUCUCGUCCUGUCCGAAGUCCCGCCAUUCUCUGACCCUCCCCUCUCUGUGAGUAAAGCGCCUACGUGCCCGCAUUCUGCUCGCCUGCUCUGCCGUGACCUGAUGCGAUCAGACAUCCUCCCCGCCGCACCGCCCCGCCCUUGCCCGACUUCCCGACAUAGUAGAGUGGCUCAUUCCUGACGGCCUGCGAGCCGCUCCGUCUUAACUUCUGUUUUGACUGGGAUGUCCAGAAGAGGAGGGGAAAAAAAAAAAAAAAACUGCACCACUAAGGCCAUUUUUAAUCAGCUGCUUCGCUGCAAACGCUGCCCAAGCAGAUGGGAGUCAUUACCGAAUGGCAAACGCGCUCAAUUUACUGCACUUGCACCGCCAGCGCUGUGUCCAUCUCCUGACAGUCCCCGCACGAUUAUCUUAAGUGCUGCGUGCUCGGAAUCUGCUGCGGCUGGCUCAUGUUGACAUGCUCAUCGUCGUAUGUAAUCAAAAAGAAUCCUGGAGUAUAUUUUGAAUAAAUUCUUCGAAAGCGCUCAUUUGGAUCUGUGCUGCCUUGUUGCAUCAGACAUGGAGCUCGUCUGGGUUAUGUCAUUAUUGAAGCCCCUCUCCAGCGUCUAGACUGAAUUCUAAACACUGUCUGCAUCUAUAAAUAAAAGCUCCCUCUGGGCUUUAAAGCUUCUCUCUUUUUUACUCUUUUCAAACCUGUGUGUUUGAACAAGACAUGUUUGUUAAAUCAUCUCUCUGCACAGAACUUGUUCACCGCAUUUCACUUAAUCUUCUCCUCAUUUCCCUGCCGGUGCUCCUCAUGCAUGCUUAAUUCUGGGUCCGUGGGUAUGCUAUGUCAAGCCAUGGCACAGGCUUUGUAUUUACUGACUGUCAAAACAAUGAGUGUAAUCCCGCCUGAAUGAAAUCCUGUUCCAUCGCUUCCCCUCCUUCCCCAUUUCAUGCCAAUGAGAUAAUUAGUCCCAUGUCUCAUCUGCAUCUGAGCGGGGAAGUCUCUCACCCCCUCCAGACCCUUCCUCUAAAGCCCCCCCCUGAAAAAAACUGGCAUUGGGCCCUGGGGGGUUUGGACACCACAACUGCCCCAAUAUCUGUCCUAAUCAGGAUGUUUCAGCAGGAUGACACACUGCUCAUAUAUCUGACUGUGGUUAUGAUCACUGUUGGAGGGGUUUGUCGGCCUCUCUCUUCUGCUCUUCUUCUCUUAAGUUUAUUUUUUUUGUCAGUUUUCUAUAUUCAAAUCGAUGUUCGAGACAUAUAUGGUGUCAUAUGUUGAAAAAUUGGACUUCCCUUUAGGGUAAAGUUGUGAUUUAGGGCCAUAUCAACAUUAUUGAUCCCACACAGAGCAGAGCUGCAUUAAUGGCAGUUUUAGCCGUUAGCAGGCUUCUGCUCCGGCUUAUUUAGGGAUGGAUCUAAAGACCAAUACACUGACUACAGUAUUGACUUUGUCUUUCUGAGGUUGUGUUUGUAUCUAAGUAUUAUUGAUUAGGUCCCAAUGGUUGAUUCUUUUCAUUAUGGAUCAAUUCAGAGAUAAUUAAGUCAAGUAAACCUGUUUGGCGUCCCUUGAACUGCAUCCAAGUGCUUGAUUUGUCCAAACCAAUGUAAAGCUUAAAGGUACAGUGCAAAGAAAUGGGAAUAUUGAGCUUUUUCUAACUGUCUGAUUCUGGAAUAUAGAGCUACCUCGCUCACUCCUUUCAUUGUUGAAGCAACGGUGGCUUUUAGGGACAAAAAGCUACAGAAAUAUAUAAUCAGUGUGAUCCCUGUUGGUCAAAUUUUUACUAUCAGACUUAUCUAUCAAUGCAAAUUCUUUUGGGCACAACAACAACAUCAACAGCCACUCCCUUCUUCUUCUAAACUAAUAAAAUAUUCAAACACGAAGGAAACCGGGCAUGUUUGAAAUCUUUUCAUUUAUUUAUCUCAGUAAAUAACGAUUUUAUGUUUAAUUAGUGUUGAAACUUACAGCUGAUUCCCUUUUAUAGAACCAAAACAACAAGUAAGUCAACUGCAGUCAACUCUAAGUAUGACACAAGUCUUUUAGGAUGAAUAUUCAUUGCGCCAUCGUUAUAAACCAAAGAGUGUUUAAUCUUUUUAUAUAUAAUUAUUGGUUGCUUGUCAGUAGAGGGUGCUAGGCUCCACUUCUCACCAUAAGGUGAAAGACAGACUGAAGACAGAAGUUUAAAAACAAGUUAAAAAUAGAAACGUUGUUUGAGGCAAAACUUUACCAUCGGUUGGUUAUUUUUGCGCGGGACUGUGCUCCCUUUGUUGACUCUGCUUUAAGCGGCACACGAUAAGAUAAGAUGUUCCUUUAAUAGUCCCAGGGGGGGAAAUUCCAAAGUUACAGCAGCAAAUUACAUUUACAGAAAGAGAAAAAUUAAAAGAUAAAGAAACUUUGAGUUUUAAAAAAAAACGUACAUUCCUUCUCCUACAUUUCAAAAGCUAGAAGCUGUUUCCGACACAUUUGGGCUGAAGGAGUAAUGAACACAAAACAGCCAACAGGUGGCAGCGUGUUUGUUUAAUUUUUUGAGAGAGGAUGUGAGCGGUUACUCGAUCUAACAAUGAGCAAAGUAGCGAAAAGUGAGGAGAAUCGCUGGCGUCAUUGCUCUCAAAUCAUUUAACUUCCCCUAAAUUUCGUAAUUUGAAUAUUUCUCACUUUUUCAUUCUGACAGAAAACAGAAUUUAUUUACUAUAACAUCUGCAAACUUUAACACUUAAGCUGUGACAAAAACUGUAGGUGAAACUUGACUCAGCAACUCUCACUGCUGACACGAACCCACAUCAGCAUGUGUCUCUGGGUCCGAACUGAUAAUAUCUUCCUUCGUACUGCAUUUUUUUUUUAACACAGACGUGUCUUAUGUUAAAUCACAGAGGCGGCGCUGCACAGCCUCCUGGGAGCUCUGACCAGCGAGACUUACGACGACCCCACUCAGCACCUGGAGCGGGAGCAGGCGCUGGCCCGGCAGUUUGCAGAGAUCCUCCACUUCACUCUGCGCUUCGACGAGCUGAAAGUACGUCUGUUUACCCCUCCAGUGUGUGUGUGUUUCUGCUCUUCAAGCCCAAACUCACCUCUUUAGAUGUUGAUUUAAACUCUGCACUCCCCUCCUGUGAUACAGACCGGACCUCUUAGCAGACCAACAAAGUGCUGAUGCCUUCAAAUUGAUUUUCGACUGCAGCCAGUGAGUGCAUGAUUAGCAUUUAAUUAGAAUCCUGAUACUGCUCUGCUGUUUAUAAUACAGUGGAUGUCAGUUGAAUGGCUAAUAAGGGUCUUAGCAGGGAGAGAACUCUGGAAAUUGUUGUGGUCCCGGGCUGAGCUCUGCAUAAUGCAGAAUAAACCACUGAUAGAGCAAAUUUUGAGAGCAUAUCUAGCUUGAAUUUGGACGCAAAUUGCCUCAGCGCAGACCUGAAAACACCAGGAAUGAUGCGUGGGUGUCGGUCGAAUGCCCAUUGUCAAAAACAUAAUUGCGCGAGCACUCAUCUGGUUAGACAGGGGCUGAAACGGCUCCCCUUAACAUCCUCGCUCCUGAGAUACAAAAAAACUUUACACCCCGACACCCCCAGGCAAGUUGCUGCGGCGUCCCAAUUAGUGCCCACUAUCCAGGCUGGCAAGAGAGAAACACGAAGGUAGGGGGUGCAAGGUGGCAUGCCAGGCCUAUUCAUCAAUCUUUCACACUCAUGCACGGGCUUCUGACCUAGUUAAAGAGUGUGUGUGCGGCGUGCAGCCCCUCCCUGGCGAAGCAGCCCGUCUCUCCCUCGCUGCACAAAGUGGACGCAGACUGAGUACCAGCCUAUUGUAGCAGGAUUAGCAUGCUGCCAGCGCAGAAUGAGGAUAAUUAGCCACAUGAUGAGCUCUCACUGGUGGUGACGUUUGAAAGAAGCCUGCUGGUUGGUCAGCGUGUGUUUGAGGGGUCAGUUCGGUUUCACACUGAUGCGUUUUUUGUUCAAAAUGAACCGACUCCUGUGGAUUUAUCCAAAAGUUGAAGUGAUAUCAGACAGUAAGCUAACAUUUGUCCCCCUAAUGAGACCCUUUUAUACCUUUUUGUCAGCUUUCUAAUUGUCGGCCCUCUUGUCACAAGUUGUACAAAUCCACAGCCAGACUGAAGCGGCAAAACAGCCAAAUUUCUCCCGACAGGACGAGCAGGGGAUGUGGAUGUAGAGGGGGAUGAGUGUCAGAGGAAUCCACUCCAGUUUAGCAAAUAAACUUGUAAUUGUAUCUGCGUUCUUUUUAUGUCAUCGCCCCCCAAAGCUACGUUUUUCUGCCUUGUUGGCUAAACCAUUCUGUCAUGACGAUGGCGUGUUUGAUCCAGAGCUGAAUGUCCCGCUGCAGGCUGUGCCACCUACAGACAUGCAGAAAAACACUCCCUCCCUCCCUCCUUUCCUUUCCUCCUUUCCUCUCCCCCUCCCUCUCUGAAUCAGGAUGUAAUUCUGUUGUCUUUUGCAGAUGACAAAUCCUGCCAUCCAGAAUGACUUCAGCUACUAUAGAAGAACCCUGAGUCGAAUGAGGAUCAACAACGUACCGGUGAGCUUGCGUGUUGUUUUGAGUGUACACUGAAGAAUUCUGCAGCCCACUCUCCUCUCGUCUCCUCACUUUUGUGAACCAUCGCCCAGUUAUUGUUGAGAUAAACAGCUCAAACACUCAGUUUAGACUCUGCUGUUCACUGAUGGAUGCAGGUAGACUCGGCCUCCAGCUGUUUUGCGAACAUUGUGAAGCAUUUUUGUAGAAGCAGGUGGCGGCCAAGGAUCCAAACAGCAUCUAAUUUACUUGGACGCAUUUUUCUGGUUCGUAAUUCGUUGAGAAAUACCAGACAAAGUUUGGGGACAUGAGGAAGUUGCAGGUUCCACAAAGAUUAAUGGUGAACCGCGGUAUCUGUAAGAUGUUGAGCGACAGCAGUACAAACUACCAGGCAGCCACAGGUGGAGAGAGGAGAGCAGGGAGAGGAGCAGGAGGAGGCAGUAGGCGAUCACAAGCACUAACACAACAUCAUUUUAGAUCAAAAUAAAAUAUAAGCUCAAGUCUUACAGCGUAAUGGAUGUUAUAUAAAAACAUGAAAAGACUCAAGCAUCAGUUAAUCUAGUUCAUAAUAAGAUUUAAUUGGUAGAAGAGCCAAAACCUUCAAUAUCUUAAUGAUAUAAUGUAAAAAUAUUUUACUGCAAGUAAAAUCUGAUCUUUAUUUUGGUGAGUAUCAUCACCAAAAUAAAUUAAGAGCUCCUUAAAGAGUUUUUUUUUUAGGUGCUAAUAUUGCCGUGUGCUUGCUCAGUGUGGAAAUAGUGAAAAUUUGGGGCAAAAAUCAACAUGCUUCCUAAACUGAAUCUGGUAUAUCUUCUCCUUUAAAGUUUACUUCAUAUCCCAUCUGUCAACAUGGAGGAAGUGGACUUUAUGACCUUUACUGCAGCUAGUCAGUGAGCUCCAAAAAGAAGCUCAGAGUGUUUUGGUCUCACUUUUGUUUUCACCGCUUGCAGGUCGAGCUGGAUAGUAGACAAAACAUCCCUGAGGGUAUCCUGAAGUUCCUUUGUAAAAAUAUCAGCAGUGUCUUUCCGCAGAAACUCGAGCUUGAGGGCAGCCGUGUCAGGAUUAGCAGGCAUCAGGGCAACACCUGGAGGAGUCGGCGGCCUACUCGAGGGUGAGGUCGUGGUUUGCGGACCAGGCCUCAGUUGUGUCUGAAUAGUAUUGCGAGACAUUUUUCACCGUCCAAAGUAAAACUUUUCGACAAAAACUACUGCUGUGUAAGACAGAACGAAAAAAGUAACCGAAAAGCGCAGAAGAUAACGAUUUUUAUCGAAAUUUGGCUGGAGCCCCCAAACUCACGUUCUACUCCAGGGCUCAGCAGUGCCCCCUUCGUCUCACUUUUAGAUGCUGUCAUAUCAUCCAUGGUUUUGUAUGCUUACGAUUUCAUGUUGAUGAUCAUGAUCACAUCCACCCGUCCACAGGCUCCCACUGUCACUCAUCUGAACUCAAAGAUAAGGCAGAGUUCUAACAUGCUCACAGAGUUAUUCAUGUGUUUCCUGUAUUGAUUGCAGACGAUGCCCCUUUGAGAAAUUGAAACUUAAGGACCCUUUCACUCCCCGUAUCAACACGCUGCUCUUCAAAAGAUGUACAUUUCUAUUCAAAGGCUUCAAGGGCAUCUAAUAGAUACUCUGGAGCAGGAAGCGGUGAGAUCUCAUUGUUCCCGCGUGAGCAGAACAGACGGAAACCACUCCUAGUUUUGACCGUCUGACAGGAGGAUUUUAUCUCCCCGACCAGAAUGAGCCAUUAGAGAAAUGGGCCCAGACAAGUUGUCGUUAGGACCUGUCACCACAGAAAGAUGCUCGGGCUGCCGUCCUCCCUCGUAGCUCCGUCUCACGGCGACACAAAUUUAGUCACCACUCAGACAAGAGAAUCAGUCAGACAUCGGAGAUGAAACGCAUCGUUCCCCCCGCAGCAAAAAAAUCUCUUUGAGCUCAGAUGUCAUCAUUUGUUUAAACAUGAAUUGGUCUGAAUUUUCGGAGAGAUUAUUCAUUUUCUGUCAGCGCUCUCAUAAGAAAAUAAAUGAAAAGAGGAAGAGGUUUUAUAGCUUAAAUAUGCAGAUAAAUUUAGAACAGUCUGUUCAAGAGACACCUUGUUCUCUGUUCCCCGCCAGGUGUUUUCACUGUCUGCUCCAGUCUGCGAGUACAAAGCAGCAGGAUGAGUUAGUCAGCUGGGAAACCGGGAGGGUUCACACUUGUUUUUAAGUCGCUAUUGUUCAGCUGUGACAUUAUUUAAUGUGUUUAUGUGCACUUUGUGUCUGUGCUGCAUGACAAUGAUGGGUAUGAUACCUGACUCAACUUUGAGUUUACCCAGAGAGUUUUGUAACUUUUGCAUUCAAAUGAAAUGAACAGGAAUUAUCACACUAUGGUGCAGUUAACAGAAUCAGCUGUUUUUGUUUGGAGCAGUUUGCACGUCUGUCUAAUAUAGAAAAAAAAAAAGCUUCUACGUCUACAAACACACCAGCCAGACAGACUCCAAUGUUAUCAGUACGUGUGGAUUCACUCCCAGACUCAAUUUUUCCUAUCGUAUUCACCAGGUAGAUUCAAGUAUAAUAGCUUUUGUUAUUUAAAUCAAACAAGUCUCCUGCUUUCCAUAUCUUUUCUCCUUUUUUCCAUGAGAGGUCUGCACAUAUUUAACACCCUAAGCUCAAAGCGCCAACCUUAAUAGAAGUCACCUGGAAUAUCAAGACAAGAGACAAUAUAAAGACAUAUAAAGUUAUUUAAUGUGUGAAAUGAUGUUGUGUUCCUGUAACCAGGGGCUGAAUUUAGGGGUGGCCAGGACAUCCUCAAAAUCCGGUUUGUCACCCUAAGAUGCCAACUCAAAAGUCUUGUCUUUGGUUUGCUGUUUGGUAUAGAUGAUUUUGAGUUGAAGUAUUUCCCAGUCAGUAUUAAGCACAAUUUUUCAACAAGGCAUAUAGGGAUAUUCCGGCGUAAAAUUAAGCAAGGGUCAAACACACCAUAACAUCGAGUUAACACCUAUAUGUACUGUUGGUGAAGUUAGGUGCUGUUCUUAGCAUUAUUUGUGGCUAUAGAGUGGCGUUUUGGUUGAGGUUUGUUUAUGGCUCCUCAGACCGCUGUGUAUUGCUAUCCUGCGGUCGUUACUAAAGUUGGUAUAACUAGAGAAGCAAGCGGUUGGCAACAUUUAUCUCUUGACAGGGUGUCUAACUCGGUGUUACGGUGUGUUUGACCCUAACUUAAUUUUACGCCGGAAUAUCCCUUUAACAUGGGAACACAGGUGGUAGCAGAGCUAGCACCACCUGCCCCCAGUUAUCCUUGCAGGUUUACACCAUAGACUGUAUAUACUGUGGACAACUUGGUUCCACCUUCCGCCAGUCUACUGAUUUAAAGCCAAAAAGCUCCCUCGAGAGUCGCUGUGAUGACGCUCGGCUCAAGUAGCAUAUCCCCCGGGUGAGCUACGCAAUCUUCAUACACCCAUAGGCUGUAUCAAGUGUCAAUCAUAGAAAACAUGAACCCCCUAAUAACUUGUUAAAAUGGAGCUGUACAGAAAAAAGAGGACUUGAGCACAAACCAGUCCUACAAUAACUACAUGUCAACAUCACAAGCAGGGGGGAGAAAAAUUUAUGUUCUAUGUAAUAAAUUUCUAAAGUUUGUCCACAGCUUCAUAGGGAUUGCUGAAAGAGGCAGGAUUUAUGACCUAUACUGCAGCCCCUCACCAGAGGGUGCUGUUCUUGGGGUGGCUUCACCCAGCAAGGAGGCAGAUGGCGUCCAUUCUAUAUACAGUCUAUGGUUUACGCCCACAAUUUAGGAUAUACAGUAUAUCUUCUUCCGAGUCAAAAAAGAUUAAAGUUAAGAUUUAUGUCACCGCUCUGUUGUUUUACAUGGGAAUAUUACAUCUGUAUGUUAGAAGUUAAGGGGGGGGGUAAAAAAAAAAAAAAAAAAGGUUUUGUGCCACCUCUGUCAAAAAAAAGUCUAGACACACCCCUGUCUGUUGCCCAAGUAUUGUAAUGUUCAAAGAAAGUCUGACUGUCCUUGUCGAGACCCUGAUCCAGCUGCAGUUUGAACACAUGAGGUCAGAUCAGGAUUUAAUUCCUCUAAGAAUUCUCUUUGUAACAGAGAGAAUAAAAAAAACCUGAUCUGGAUUAAUUUCCACUGUCGGAGCUUUGUCUGCCCUUAAAGGAACCUGAACAUUUUGUGAACUGUUGCUUUGAGGUUUUGAGUUUCACAACAUUCACAUAAAGCUGUCGCACUCAGGGGAAAUAAGUAUAGGAAUGAUGAGUCAAACUGCUGCUCUUCUCCUCAGCUGUGAAACUAUAUUGUCCGCUGAAAUGAGGAUAUAUUUUAAGGAUGUUAUAUAUCAUUUAUUAGGGUCCUUGUGUCCUCCAGGGUCUCUGCUCAGACUUUGGACUCAAAUAAAUGCACAAAAGAAAAGAGUUUAACAAAGGACUGUCAUUAUUUUGAUGGUUUUUAAGGCGGAGGGGGAGAAUGAAGUCAACAAUGAACUGGCCAAUCGGAUAUCUCUGUUCUACGCUGAUGCAACACCCAUGCUGAAAACAUUAAGUGACGGCACAACAAAGUUUGUAUCAGAGGUAAGAGAGAUGGAAAAAAAAGCGAGUCCUUUCAAUAGAUGAGUGAAAGCCUCCUGUCAUCCCUCAUCAUCUUCGUUUCUUUGUCUCAACAGAACAAAAACCUGCCCAUUGAAAACACGACAGACUGCUUGAGCACGAUGGCGAGUGUGUGUAAAGUCAUGUUGGAGACACCGUGAGUGACUUUCUGCACUUUUAGAGCUAUUGCACUUUCCCCCUCUCGACAUUUCUGCAUGUAAUCCAUCCGCUUUGUGUCUUUAAAGGGAGUACCGCAGCAGAUUCAGCAGUGAGGAGACUGUGUCGUUCUGCCUGCGGGUGAUGGUGGGAGUAAUCAUCCUGUACGACUACGUCCAUCCUGUCGGAGCCUUCGCCAAGUCGUCAAAAAUUGAUGUGAGUUUUCCCCUUCAUGCAGCCUUAAAGCUUUCUAUGUAAGGCUAACAGUCGUGUGUCUUGUGUCUGCAGAUGAAAGGCUGCAUCAAAGUCCUCAAAGAUCAGCCUCCGAACAGCGUAGAAGGCCUUCUCAAUGCUCUCAGGUAAGCUGGUGUCCACACCAAAUUGUGUUCUUCCCCCUGCAGCCCAGCAUGUAAUGUGAUUAUAGCUGCAGUCUGGCAGCAUGCACACUCUCAUUGAAAGAGACCUGCCUGCUCAAGCUGUGAGCUGAAUGAUAUCCGGUGCCUGUUCGGGAGCAGCACACUCUCGGUUUAUUUCACGGUGACGGCUCCUCUGCCCGAGUCCAGCGGGGGUGCGGUCAGCUGCAGGAGCCUUCUGCGCUCCGUUUAAGGGCUGGGUGUGGAAGCUCCUCCAGAAAUGCAGAUCACAUCUGACACCUCACCCCCCUCCCCUCGCAGCCUCCAAAAUUUCACCCGUACAGCUGCUCAGGCUGACAGCGCUGUUCCUAUGGUGACCUCACAUCUGUAUGACUCUCUGUACCGGGGGCCCGGGGCACGUCGAGGCCGCCCGGUCACGUGAGGUCACUCACAUGGAAAAGUGUGAGAUUUUUUUGUCAGCCGUUGCAUCUGUGAUCUGGCAGAUGGUGACUAAAAUACUGUAGAUGGGGGCAAACUUACAUUAAACUGGAACACUGCUGCUCACUCAAAGCUGCUGUGGGGAGUUUGGUCUACAGAACCAUUAAAACCCAGAAAGUGAGGGCUUUUGCGGUCCUUAUGCUGAUUAUGGGUAGGGCUGGGCGAUAAAACGAUAACAAUAUAUAUCGAAAAUUUAUUUCCCUCAAUAUCAAUAUAAAACAUGGUCGAUAUGCUUUUUCGAUAGUUGGCAUUAAAAGUAUGAAAAGGGCGUUCUCUGGGAUUUAGCUUGGUUUAGAGCGGUAAGGUGUAUGGUGUUUGUGUGUCCCCAUUAAAGACACGGAUACAGAUGUCCAGUUUUGUAGUGGAUUUAUGCUGCGUUGGAGUUACCUCAGAAGUCAGAAGUCUAAGCUGAAAAUGACAUCAAGCCCGAGUUAUUAGUGUUUCUGUUAGUCAGUUUUCAGUUAGUUUUAGCGCUUCCUUGUCCGAAUAUAAGGCAAGCGUGAAAAUAACUUUCAUAGAUGUAGCCAUCUUUUUUCCACCUCCGAUUUUGCUUUUUUCCGACUUGGUAACUGAAACGCUAAUAACUCGGGUGUGAUGUCAUUUUCAGCUCCAACAUCUGACUUCCGAGGUAACUCGAACGCAGAUUUAUUUGACUGUGGUUCGUCAGAUAAUGAUACAAGAAUUAGCUUAUUAGCUGAACAUGGAGUAGCAUGAGCUAGCAUUAGCCAUAUUCACGGUAUAAACAAAACAUUAACACGAUAAAGCAUCCGACUUGGACAAUAAAACAUCAUAAAACUCACUUCUUGUAUUUACACACAAUGAACCCGGGAUGUGAAGGUGAAUUUUGGGUGAAAACAGGAAAACUAAACUUUCGCAGCUGCAGCGUCUCACACACAGGUGCAGUGCGUUCAAUCGCGUCGGAACACCUAUGGUGCGUUCAUGACCAUAGGACAAAUGAAAACUCACUAUAAAACAUAAUAUAAUGAACCAAUAAGCACUGUUAAAAAGAUUUUUUGUAUCAUGAUACAUAUCCAUAUCGACUGAUACGAAAAAUAUAUCGUGAUAAACUUUUUCCCAUAAAUUUCAAAAUAAAAGCAUGAUUUUAUAAUACAGGAAACUGAAGGAAUGUGGGUUGAGGAUGUGAUACCCUGACAGCGUAAACCUGUUAUUUUCGGUGUCUGCAGGUACACAACCAAGCAUCUGAAUGAUGAAUCAACCAACAAGACUAUCAAGAGCAUGCUGCAGUAGAAGGAGCUGCUGCUACACCUGCUGCCUCACACCCUGCUGCGGGGAGACGCCACUCUCCCGACUGAUGUCGGUGCACAGAAUGUUUUUUUUUUCCCUUCUCUCUAUUUUAUAAUGGAAAUAGAGCUACUGCUCCGCCCUCUUUUAUAAUGCAAAAUGCUACUGCCAUUAUAAACGUCUUUUUCUGUGCCAAAAAGAUGUUGCUGAGAUGUAAUGUUUUCGAUAAAAGGCCAUGACACAGUGGCAGCUAAUGAAAGCAUUGUGGUGUUUUUAAACAUGUCUUGUUUUUCCCUGUGAAGGGACGGGAGUGCUUUGACUUGAAAAAUUAAAAAAGAGAGAUAUAUAGAGAAGUAUAUAUUAUUUUUGUUUGAUUCGUUAUUUAAUAUUACAUCCUCUGCAUGAUGAAAAUGAUGUCUUUUCCUUCUAUUUAAAAAAAAAAAACCUAAUGGUUCAGUUUAAUUUGUCUGCUCUAUUGUGCAUUAUGAAAUGUUUCGUUAUUGAAAUGGUACCUGUCAAAAAUGAGAUUUAAGAGUACUGUUUUUAUAUUUUUUAAAGGUUUUAAUUUGUGCAUAUGUCCUUUUUUCAUAGUUGUGUUGUAUUUUUGAUUUGAAAACUUUAAACUGUGAUGUGUUGAAAAUCAGUUGGAAAUUGGGCGUCUGUACUGUAAAUGGACAGUAUGUCGUUGCUGGAGAAAUUAAAAGGAGAACUCUUGUUUUCUACAACUUACCCUGGUC